AUGUGUCAUUUGUCGCUGCUUCUUUUGGUGGUCGCUCCGAUGGUUCUAGUCUCCCAUGCAGCACAGAGAGCUGUGAGUAAUUUGUUUUGUUUAACGAAGUCUUCCAGACCUCUCGCUCUUUCAUGUUGCUGUCAAAGACAAACAGAGACGAAAGAGAUAUUUCAUAGUCCAAUCUAUUACCUAUAGAGGUCGCUAAUAAUGUAGAAAGAGCCAAAAUGAUAUCAUGCAAUAAGCACUAACAAGCAUCUAACAUUUGAAUUUUCUGAUCUUUCAGAGUUACACUCUAAAGGUGGUCAGCAGAGAUGGGAAAAAUUAUAACGAACGGAUUCAAGUUGACGCUGGGAGAAGACUUGAAACUUCUCAGGUUCGAGAAGCAUCAACUGGUAAAGACGCGGGGGAUACCAUCUACGAUUUCCAAAGGGUGGGUACAUGAACACUGCUAUCAGUCUUCAAUGGUGCCAAACUGAAUUCAUAGACUGCUGGCAGUCCGCAUUUUCUCUUAAAAUCCAUCGUUUUCUUAUCCCAGCUACCGCGUUUGCGCGCGCGCGAUGGCGCGUAAUGUCCUUCUUCAAAACGCUGAAAUUAGGGCGGCUGAUAGCCAAUUAGAUUAGAGAAUUUUGUCCCAAGACAGUCACUUUGCUAAUUAGGCGAUUGCCUCCAAAGUUUUUUAUGUGCGGCUUAGGAAAAUUAUGCCCAUCAGUCUAUAUCGUUAAAACAGGGCAAUUUUCCGACUUGUUUAGAAAACCUGUUAAAAAUAUUUGCGUCUCGUAUCCUUCUCAUUUUUUUGGCAGAAUUUGGUGAUGACCCGCUUGCCAGAGGCGAAAUCCUGCUUUUUGAGUCAAUCGACUGGAAAUGCUCCCCGGCCAAAGGAAUUAAUAAGACUUCUAAAUGCGGCAAGUAUUUUCUGUAGUCAUGAAUCUCCUCGCGUGCUUCUACUCCUUUCGCGGCGCGCGCAUCGCCUCAUACAGUCGACUCUCUCUUAACGGACACCUCCAUAAGACGGACACCUCCCUAAAACGGACACCUGGAGUUGGUCCCUGCCUUUCUUUACUCCCUUUAUUUGACUCUCUAUAAGACGGACAUGUCUCUAAGACGGACACUUAUUGCCGGUCCCAAAGGUGUCCGUCUUAGAGGGAGUUGACUGUAUUUCUUAGCCGCAGACAAUUUUAUGGGUAGUUGGAAACCUCGUGAUUAUUACAAAACGCACUUCUACCCUGGUAGAGAACCAUUUAUUGGGCACAUUUAAUGAGAAAAAUGUGAAACUCCGAGAACCAGUUGUGUAAGGAAAACAGUAUAGGGUUUAGCAUCGAAGUACAUUGAUUAAACCCCGUUAGCUUUCAGAUAAUUAGCAAUGCUGGGUAAAGUACCUUUAAAAUAACCAAUAUCGGCAUUUUGCCCUUGAUGGUGUAGUCGAUAUGGAUGUGGAUAAUAACUCAAAUUAUCUGGGUUCAAGCCUGACAUACUCCGUUUUCUUCCUUCUUUUAUUUACUACUUUUUUCAUUUUACUACUUUUAAGACUUUUCAUCCAUUUUAAGUGACGAUUGCAGCCUGAUUUGGGGGUAUCCAUUCUAGUCACAGCCCAAAUUUAUGUACCCGAGGACGAGAUAGUGAGGAAUAAGCCAAACAAAAAGUGAGGCUUUUAUUAGUUUUGAAGCACUUUUGUUCACAAUACCCACUAAACGUCUGGUAUGAUACAUCUUUUUUUUACAAUGAUUUGGUAUUUCAGAGAAGUGGUAAUCUUGUACCGCCAAAACACCGAAAAUCCGACAAACCAAACACAACUCAAAGUAAAUAAACGUAGCCAGUGCCAAACGAGUGACGCGCACGGGCAAUGCAGGUAAAGACUUCGUGUAGACGUCUCUUAUCCCCUUUGCUUCAGACGUCUGUGCGCAGGCCAAGCCCGUACUGAUUGGUUUGAAAAAUUAGCGGGAAAUGUUUCCGCCAAUCACAAAUCAUGAUGAUGCAAACUAAAGUAAUCACGCAUUUUCCCAGUAAUAGUUUAGAUACUCGAUCAAAAACGUCUCAAAAUAACGACAGGAGUUCUAAGUUUUUCCCUUUUAAGGCUAGCUGCACCAGGUCAACCUAGCUAAACUUCAAGACAGAAGGGGCCUGUUAAAACAGUUGCAGGGGGGGACCUUGUAAAAUCAUAGCCUAAAGGAGGAGGAGCUGAACAUGUAAGCUUCUCUUACAAGAAGGGGGUGGUAUCAAAUUUUCAAGUGGACAAGCUAUCUCAACAACAACAUGAACAAAAAACAAAACAUGAUUUUUAUGUGAUCAAAAUAUAAAGAACUAGUCAUAAUUACAGUAGAAAACCCCGGUAACUCGAACUGUGAAGGGAAACGAAAAACAGUUCGAGUUAGCGAGAAUUCAAGUUAUCGAGGUAAAUUUCAGUGAAAUUUUGAUCAAGGGAAAGAAAAGUUAGUUCGAGUUAGUGGGGAAUCCGAGUUAUCGGGGUUCUACUGUAGUACCCAAAGCCGUCAUGAAAAAUUCUGGUCACAUGAUCGUUCAGAUUAUUACUGCUUAACAGAACAAGGGUGUAUUCAGGAUCAAAAGAAGAGGUGUCCAGUGCCUUUCUAAGAGAGAAGUGACUAAUGGAGUUAGUGUCCCUUCUAUAGGAAUUACAUACCAUUACGUCGACAUUUUAAGCCCAAAGGGAGUGUCAGGUGACCUUCAGGACAUGGAAACCUCAGCACACGUGAAGACUGUGCGAAUACGCUUCCUGCCUUCUCGAUUGAGAAGACGGAUGCACAAUUCAACUUUUGUCGAACGUAGUUUUGAGGUACUGUUCCAGACGCAGUUGUCGAAAAACUUUACAUUACCAAAGGAGUGAAUAAAUGUAAAUGUAACUCAAGGGAGGGUAGGGGUGGUCAUAAUUUUCAAGUGACCAGAAGGGGGAGUACAGCUAUUUUGCCUUUGUUGGCUUUGGUGCUACGUAAUAUUACUCUAUGUAAGGCUCAUUUUUGAGCCCCCCUCCUGAUAGUUAUUGCACAGUCCCUAAUUACGCUAACUUCAAGCUUUUUAACCCUUUUGUUUAGCUGAGUAAAGCCGACGUAAAAAUAACGCCUCAGACCGUCGAAAAUUUCAAGGUUGUCGGCAAACUACAAGACCGAUCAAUUCUGAGCACCGAGAUGGCGGAUCUAUGUGCAAAUCUGCCAAUUUACCGUGUUACCAAGGGAAGACUGAGUCAGAAUGAUACAAAGGAACUGGGGGACGAAGCAGAAGCCAAUGUCGCUGAAAUGCCAGCGGAAGGUGAGGAAAAAAAUGAACUGCACAGACUGGAAAUGUGUUAAUUACUGUUUGGUUGUAAAAACCACUUGGCCAUGGCAAAUUGGAAUUGAAGGGGUCACAUUUUUACAGGGGUAAAAAGAAACGUAACGCAAGUAGGAAAUGAUUAACUGGAAAAAAAAAAGUUAUUAGUAUAAUUUGCUCAAUCAUUCAGUCAUACCAGCAUUACACCCCAUGCAAUAAUUCAGGCUGGAAUGAGAUUUUUCUCUGUAGACGGCUCUGUGCAUCAUUUGACGGCAGCAUGAUGCGUCCACAUAAAGAAGUCCAUUCUAGUACUUUUAAUAAAAUAAGGAAAGGUAAUAAAAAUUGCAAAAAGACUAACAGUCGUUAUAUUUUUCUCAAAAUCGGUUUCAGUUGAGGAGCAAAGCGUUAGCGUCGCGUUCGCACGAAGAGUGUAGGGUUCACACGCCCGUAAGAGUUCAUCACAACAAAUACUCCUACCCAGCGUUUAUUUGAAUUACUUUGCAGGAUCCAGAAAGCGAAGAGGAGUUUGCCGCAAAGUUUGUAAUAGAGUAUGCUCGUACAGUUGUAGCUGGAGUGGUUGCUCUAGGAGCUGCAGAAACGUCUGCAGAUGGGCUUGCUAA